UAUUUCCACUGAGGUAUAAGAACGGUAUUCUUCCGGUGUUGAAGGAAUCAAGUUUGAAUGCACGUUUUUCGCAGAAAUGACUAAAAGAGUGUAUCCUUUCGCUGAAUCAUUCUCGUCACAGUAUAAAAUUCACGUUGGACAAAAGGAGUUGAAUUAUCACGGCGUAUUUGGGAACAAGUACAGACAAGAGAUCUACGAAAAGACAAGGAACCUGCUCUUCAAUGGUACGAAAGCUGUCAUGGGGAAAAUCUGGAAUAUAGAUACAGAGAAGUGCUCAGCGACACAGCCAUCGGGGCCAGGUAUGACAUCUGAUGUGAGCCAGACACUACUGAGGGGACAGACACUGAUUGGACAGGAUGGCAGACUACAGAGAACUACACCUGUUCAAGAAUGGUCUGUGUGGUCGUCUCAGGUGCAGUGUCGGCUCCAGCGGGGUGCUGUGUGUGUCAGAAGGCCCAGGGCACCAGGAGGCCGUGCUCCCAGUGUGACCGCCCAGCCUGCCCUUCCUGCAUCCAGCAGUGCGCCAGCUGCUCCAGCUCCUGCUGCUCUGUCUGCACUGUCAUCGAAUAUACAUUUUAGGCCAUAUCGCCCAGCCUUAGACUGGACUCUGCGAAACCCUGCAUAACUGUUACAGUGGACAGUAUGAUCAAGUGCUGUGCUGCAGCUGCUCAUCAUAAUUGACAACUGGACAUGGAGAAAAUCAAGGAUUGUUUGAAUACACUUUAGUUGUCAUUUCACAUUUAAUGUUCUUAACUCUCAAGUUGUAUACAUGUGUAUGCUUUUUUUACCAUGAUCCAACUGUAUAUUUGUAAUGUCAUUUGCUAUGUUUGUGGAAUAAAUACUUUGCUUGCUCGCUACUUUGCUUGUCAUGCACAGUUUACAUACA